UUUUACUUUUACUUGAGAUUUCCGAACCGAACCUGACGGACGUUCCGGUUUAACCGAACCCGGCGGGUGGUUCGGGUGUUUCACGGCUCGUUAGUCGUCACGUGGAACCGCUUGACAAGAUGUUCUGACCCGACCUGCUGCUGAACUUCUUCCCCGCUGCGGACAAGAGCUUUGGGUCGUUUGGUUCCGAAGAGCCGGGGGUCCGGAGAGAUGCGGGCCGAACUCUGAGGUCCAGCAUGAACGUUCAGUACAAAGAGCCGGACCCGAGCAGCAGCUAUGGCGUCGUGGGUUCGUUUCCUAAAAGCUUUGGUUACGGAGCGGAGGAGCCGGACCUGGAGGAGAACUGCUCCUGGACCAGCAGACCCAGGAUCCUGCUGAUGGGGCUCAGGAGGAGCGGCAAGUCCUCCAUCCAGAAGGUUGUCUUCCACAAGAUGUCCCCCAGUGAGACGUUGUUCCUGGAAAGCACCAACAAAAUCUACAAAGACGACAUCUCCAGCAGCUCCUUCGUCAACUUCCAGAUCUGGGACUUCCCAGGUCAGGUGGACUUCUUCGACCCGACGUUCGACAGCGAGAUGAUCUUCAAAGGAACUGGAGCUCUCAUCUUUGUCAUCGACGCUCAGGACGACUACAUGGAGGCUCUGGGCCGGCUCCACCUGACCGUCUCCAGGGCCUACAAGGUGAACCCGGACAUCAACUUCGAGGUCUUCAUCCAUAAGGUGGACGGGCUGUCGGAUGACCACAAAAUGGAGACUCAACGAGACGUCCAUCAGAGAGCCAACGACGAGCUGGCAGACGCCAACCUGGACAAGCUCCACCUCAGCUUCUACCUGACCAGCAUCUAUGACCACUCCAUCUUCGAGGCCUUCAGCAAAGUCGUGCAGAAGCUCAUCCCUCAGCUGCCCACGCUGGAGAACCUGCUGAACAUCUUCAUAUCCCACACUGGCAUCGAGAAGGCCUUCCUGUUUGACGUGGUCAGUAAGAUCUACAUUGCCACGGACAGUUCUCCGGUGGACAUGCGGUCCUACGAGCUCUGCUGCGACACGAUCGACGUGGUCAUCGACGUCUCCUGCAUCUACGGGCUGAUGGAGGGCAGCGCCGCCUACGAUGAAGAGUCUCUGGCCAUCAUCAAGCUGAGCAACACCACGGUUCUGUACCUGAAGGAGGUCACCCGGUUCCUGGCUCUGGUCUGCAUCUUCAGGGAGGAGAGCUUCAAGAGGAAAGGGCUGAUCGAUUAUAAUUUCCACUGUUUCCGGAACGCCAUCCAGGAAGUGUUUGAGGUCGGCAGCUUGGUGGACGGCGCCGCCUGGACACCAGCCGGAUCCUCAGGUGGAGAGCAGAUGGGUCUGAAGAGCACUGUGCUGAACCACAGCGUCCUUUAAAACUCCCAUCAUGCAUUUGGGGUAAAGCUGUCCGUACCUUUCUGGUCUCACCGGUUAGCUGCAGCUCCGCCCUCUUUCUGCCUCAGCUCUGAUUGGCUAAAGGUUUUGUGUCGGAGAGCAGGAGACGCUGGCUCAGAGGCUUUUGUUCUGAAGGAGCCUCACAUGACACCACUUCCUGUAAACACCACCCUCACUCUGGAUCAGAACAGUUUCACAAACGGACCUCGUGUUCUGUUAUAAUUAAACCUCAUUAAAGGGAGAGUUCAUAUCUUUUUAAGAGUGGUUCUGUAGAAAGUUUAAGAGUUAAUAUCUUACCUGCAGCUGAUGUCUCAUUGAAUAACUUUAGUUUCCACAAAACACCUAAAAAGAUCUGAACUGUCCCUUUGAAUCCUGCACCUUAAAACCUGAAAUCAGGUGAUUUUAUUUUUUUAAUGUUCUGACCAGUCAGUACUGACCUGGGAAAACAAGUC